AGAUUUGAAGGAUCUCUUUGUUACUUCGUGGAUAUUCAACCAAAAUGGCCAGAGCAGAUGGAUCGCACCGACGCAUCAUCUGACUGGAUUCUCAUCAAACUUUUUUUUUUUGAGUCUUAUGAUUAAGUAAUGUUUCGGUUCCUCUCCAUGCUCCUACUAGCAUCAGCGACAGGCUGGAUGUCUAAAAAAUGUUUUGUUUACGAAGAUGAAAUUAUCAAUAACAACCAGAUCAUUCCGUUUUGCCCGAUGGGAAACCUAACAGCAAGCUGUGUGGACGUCAGCGACGUGAAGCUGGAUCUUGCCAUGGUUCCUCCUCGAGUUAACAGUCUUUGCCUAGAAGCAGCACACGGACUGGUGCUGCGUCCAAAUGCUUUUGAGCGAUUCUCCAUUCUUGAACAAUUGUACAUCCGAUAUUGUCCCGGAGCCAUUCAUUCUGGAGCUUUUGCCGGGUUGCCAAAUCUGCGUCUGAUAUCAUUUGACGGACUUGUUUUAAAAAAAACAGCCUGUUGCAGGACUUCUGUUUCAGCAAAUGCUUUUGGGCAGCUACCCAGCUUGAGCGAGCUUUUUUUUAAUUACUACAGUAUGUCAGCAAUAUCGACAGAUGCAUUUAGUGGAAUAAAACAACUCCAAACCUUGGAGUUUCAGAGCUGUGGCAUCGAAAUCCUGGAUAUUGCCUGCAAAACUGUUGAACUCUCACGAUCACUGACGUCCCUGUACGUCGGCAACGAUGACACGGUCGUCCUGAGACGCCAGCACUGUCCUCCAUUAGAGGACGCGUCGACGGCCGAACAUUUCAAAACCUUGAAAAGGAUCCGUUUUGCAUUUACAGGUCUGAAGUCUUUGGGGGAAAGCGUCUUCAAGUACUUUCCAAAUAUUUCCCUGUUAAACAUGCCCAUGAAUUCGGUUCUCAAGAAACAGCUGAUGCAGUCUGGAGUACAAAAGAUUCAGACUCUGGAAGCAAAACUGGAACAAGGUAGUCUUGGGUCUGUUUGUGAUAUUGUAUACAAUCUUUCAGUGAAAAGCCUAAAAUUAGAAAACGCUUUUGCACUUUGUGACGAUAUCGGGCUGGAAGGAUGCGCGAGACUGCGAGAAAUACGACUUGAAAGCUCUUACUUGCAAGAUAAGCUAUGUUUCAUUAGGGUCGUAAAAAAUCUACAAGUUUUGGAUUUGCAAUUCAAAUUUUUGCCACAGUUACUCCAUAAUCUUUGUGACUCACCUGAUUUUUUGCAGCUGUUACAAAAGUUUUUUAUACAUUAUAGUUUGUUAAGCAGAAUAACUAGAAGACAGUUUUAUUGUCUACAAAAUCUCCAAACUCUUGAUCUCGCCUUUAAUAAAAUCUCUGUGAUCGAAGAUUUCGCAUUUGCAGGAUUUGAUAAGUUGCAAGGUUCCUAUUCGAAGGACACGGGUUUUCUGAGGGAUAAUCAGACUUUUAAUGGUCUCCGUUGUUUGGAAUAUUUAAUUUUAAGAGGUAAUAAAAUCUUGUCAAUUAACUUUACUGCAUUUGAAGGCCUGACCAGUUUGAAAUUCUUGGACCUUCACAGCAACCUGAUUACUCGGAUCUCUGCGGAACAUUCGGUUCCGUUUCUGGGACUGGAGAGUUUGGAAAGUUUAGACUUGAAAUCUAACAGAAUCUCGUAUGUCGAUGACUUCGCGUUCAAGCAAAUGAAAAGUUUAAAGACUUUAAUUUUGGAUAACAACAACAUUUCUGAAAUUAGCAGGUUCACCUUCUUUGGUCUGGAUGGUUUAGAGUCAUUGAUGAUUGAAUAUAAUGUAGUUAACCAUAUCGAGCCCUUUGCCCUGAGGAAUUUAUCUGCUUUGCGGAAAUUCUCAGUCGGGUGUCUCAAACAUCCAUCAUCCAUGACCGCAGAGGUCGAGAUCAAUCUCGGUCUCUUGUUUGGCCGCAUUCCUAUAAACCUCACCGAGCUCAUUAUCAGCUCCUGCAGCCGCCCGAUGAGCAUCGUGAUCGGGAGCGAGAGCGCCCCUAAGCCUGGUCUACAGCUUCAAAUCUUUGGACAAAGAGUCAGUUUCCGAGACUGCGAGAAGCCGUUCUUUCUGUCGGUGGUCAGUCUUAAAGUUAUAGUCAAACAGCUUGUGUGUGGCUCACGUUUCGCUGGGAAAUACUUCAAGUUCUUGGAGAGCUUUGAGUUAGCUUCUCAGGCUAUGUCCACUUUUGACGAUCUGGUCGAUCUGAAUACACUUUUGCACCUUCGGAGUCUUAAGUUAACAUGCAUAGACCUUUCUGACCAACCUCAUCUUGGUAUCCUGCUCCACAAUCUGACAGCCCUGCAAUUUUUUGGUUUGUACACAUCCCGAAUUCCUUCCAUUAGCGAAGACCUAACUAAAGACCUGAAAUCACUCAAAUAUCUCGAUCUUAGUUUGUACAAUGACUUGAAUGUGAUUGACAACUUUGCCAAGCCACUUUUAAAUCUGAGGUCCAUUAUUAUGAUUAACAUGAUGCUUUUCUGCAGCUGUGACGACGCUUGGUUUAACGAAUGGACCAUAGACAACAGACAGGUCCAAGUUCUAACAUGGACGUUACAAACGAGACGUGCAUUAGCAUGCCGAAACAUGAACGGCAUACAAGACUUUGCUAAGUACAGUGUGUCCAGUUGCUCCCUGCAUGUGGGAUUUAUCUUAUACAUUUCUACUUCUCUCGGGAUUCUGCUUUUCAUGUUAGUGGUUCUGGUCCAUAAUCUUGCUGGAGAUUAUCUGCUGGCGUUUAUAUACAUCGCUCAUGGCUGGAUGAACAAAGCCAUCCGAGGGAGCGCUGCCAGACGCUAUCAGUAUGACGUUUUUGUCUCAUAUUCGGGAACAGACGAGUCCUGGGUUGUGGAUGAGCUUCUGCCCAAUCUAGAGAGACGAGGACCACCGUUCCUGCAGCUCUGUCUCCACAGCCGGGACUUUCAACUAGGUGUGGACAUCGCGGAGAACAUCACCGGAAGCCUGUACAGGAGCCGUCACACGCUUUGCCUGAUUAGCCGCCAAUAUCUCCACAGCAAAUGGUGCUCUUUAGAGAUGAAGCUGGCCACGAACUACCUCAUAGCCGAGCACAGGGACAUUCUGAUCGUCGUGUUCCUGGAGAAGAUCUCCCCAAAACUUCUGUCCGCUCACCACAGGCUGGCACGAUUUGUCAAGAGGAAAACCUACAUAGACUGGCCUCAGGACCCCCGACAACAGGUGGCAUUCUGGGAUAGACUGUGGGCCAAGCUCGCACCUAAGCCUAUCUGAAGCCAGUAAUCAAUCUCUGAGCUGCUCUCAGAUCAUUUUAUAUAUCAGUAGAAAAAUCUUUACUAAUGUCAACUCUUGAUGUUCAUCAGCCAGGUUUUCUUUAAAGGCUUUAAAAAUAAUGCAAAACAUUGACUUUACUUUCAGUUUGUAUUUACUUCUAUAUGGAUCUAUAUCAUUUAAUUGAUUUUAGUUUUAUUU